AGCUUAGUAUACUUGCAGCAUUCGCAUACUAUAAUCGGCAUCCCAGAAAAGAAUGUUAUACUGCGUGUAUUUGGCUCGCCGUAUUCGCCUGACAGGGGCAAACAAAACUGGGCAUUCCAGUAUACUAAUGAAAAAGCAGCAGUAGCGAUGUGGGAUGUAGUACCGGAGGAUACACAGGUAUUAAUCACUGACACACCUCCGGCUGGCAUCUGUAAUAUGAGUUCUUACUGGAAAGAGGGUAGAUGUGCUGCUUUGAAAGACAAGGUAGGUCAGAUCAGACCCAUGCUUCACAUAUGCGGACAUUGCUAUGAAGGGAGAGGU